UUGCUCUGGUUCUGUGAACACUAGCACCACAACGUCGUCGUUUCCGCAAUUCACCGCUUAUUGGCACUAGAUUGGACACAGCGAGACCGGGCAUUCGCAAGAGCCAGAUAAAAUAACAAAGGGUGAAGACUAAAGAAGAAGAAGAAGAGGAGGAGAUAAUGGAAAUAGCCGUUAAAACCCACUUCUUGGGUUUAAAUCCAAAGAUAAUAUUAAAUCACAAGAAACCCGUACAUGGCUUGACUCCAAAGCUUACCGGUAGAAGCUCUUGUUUUUCACGUCAUUUGAGAUUUGAUGCCCCAGAAUUUCGCGCAGGGAGAAGCCGUGAAUAUCUUCCUGCUGUCUCUGCUAUAUUAUCACCAGUGGCCGAAGAUGUUGGAGUUUCUUCGUCUCUGUUUGAUGAGUUCUCUAUCUCUCGUACAAGUACCAGUGAGGCUGGAGAACUAAUGGUUAGCGUUGAGGUCUUUGGCAUCAGAACUCAAGCGAUUUUCGACAUUGUUUUCGACAAAAUGGUUGCUGCAGCCCAGCCGAUCCGUGGCUUUCGAAGAGUGAAAGGAGGAAAAACACCGGAUAUACCAAGAGACAUUCUCUUAGAAGUCCUCGGACCUUCUAAAGUUUACAAGCAAGUAAUCAUGGAAGUAAUCAACUCUACCAUAGCUGAAUAUGUGGAAAAGGAAGGUUUAAAAGUCGGCAAAGACUUGAGAGUUGAGCAGAGUUUCGAAGAUCUGGAGGCCAAAUUUGAGGCAGGUGAAAAUUUCAGUUUUGAUGUGGUUGUUCAGCUUGAAGAAAUGAAGUGAACAUUUUGUAAACUCUGAUUUCUCUUUCAGAUUUUGUAUAUCUUUAGUUAGGUUCUGGAAAGGAACCUUUGUUCAAACUGAAGUUGUUUAAACUAGUGGUCAAUUCCUUCAGUUCCAUAUUUGUUUACAGAAACGUUUCUGCAACAGCUUUUAUUGCAAUUCUCACGAAGAAAUUGACUGUC